CCAAAAAAGAUUUUCGAGUUGUUUAUAUUUUAUGAAAGAAAACUAAAUUUUAAGCUAAACUAUUCAAGAAAUCCAUUAUAAUAAAACAUUGUAACGUAAUUAAUAUCGAGGAACAAUAGUUUAGUGAUGAUUUCUUAAACAGUUCAUGCGAUGGGAUCGGUAGUCUUAUGCGCUGCGCAUCGGAUUACUUCAAAACAUUGUGUUCACUGGUGCGAUACACCGCUCAUAAAACCGACAAAAUGACCGGCUAGUAAUCUGCUCGUUUUUGGAAAAUAUUCUAGUCCUUAUCCUUCCAUUAUAUACCCUCAGAUAUUUAUCAAAAUAAAAACUGUUUUAUCCUGAAAAAGUGAAAGACUUCAAAAAUGUUCAGUGAAUCCUAUGAGAGAAGGCUACUUCAGCAAUGCAGUCCCAUCAGCAGGAAACAGUCUGUGUUGGUCCGGCCAGAGCCUAUGGACAGAUUUAUACCCUGUAGAUUAGAAAAUAAUUGGCAGACAAGUUUUCAAGCAAUCCGUCGUGGCACAGAAAACCAGCCAGCUAAGAAACCUCGCAGCGAUGGCGGUAAUGAUGGUGCUGGUGGGGGUCGAGACCAUCUUGCAUAUGGAUGCCUACUCCGGAACGAGCUUCUUGGAGCUCAGAUCGAAGAAUUAAGAGGUCCACCGACAAACUGUGGCGAAAGCAAUAGAGCUGCGCUGGGCGCUGUUCAAUUAGCUUCAGCAGCUAGAGCGGCAUUGGCGUACUCCCCGCCAGUGUUUAGAUUCCGAGCACCCAUACACAGUGCUGAGGAGAAUAUAGACCCUUCGCCGUACAGCCUCUCACCCGUGUCAGCUAAAUCACAGAAGCUGCUGCGGUCGCCGCGAAAAGCGACUAGGAAAAUAUCGAGGAUUCCCUUUAAGGUGCUCGAUGCGCCCGAAUUACAAGACGACUUCUACUUGAACUUGGUCGACUGGUCCGCCCAAAACGUUCUCAGCGUCGGACUUGGAAGCUGCGUGUACUUGUGGAGCGCAUGCACUAGCCAGGUGACAAGAUUAUGCGAUUUAUCGUCUGAGGGCAACGCAGUGACGUCGGUGGCGUGGAGUGAAAGAGGUCACUUGGUGGCCGUCGGUACACAGAAGGGUCACAUAAGUGUGUGGGACGUCGCUGUCAAUAAGGAGGUAACGAAAUUACAAGGGCAUAUAGCGCGUGUUGGCGCUCUGGCCUGGAACGGCGACAUAUUAAGUUCCGGCUCGAGGGAUCGACAUAUAAGGCAAAGAGAUACGAGAACACCACCGGUACAAUCGUCACGGGUACUUCAAGGCCAUAGACAAGAAGUCUGUGGAUUGAAAUGGUCUCCGGACGGACAGUCGCUCGCCUCAGGCGGCAACGACAACAAACUCUUCGUAUGGUCUAUGCACUCGACGUCGCCCGUGCAGACGUACUCGGCGCACGUGGCGGCGGUGAAGGCCAUCGCGUGGUCGCCGCACCAGCACGGGCUGCUGGCGUCGGGCGGCGGGACGGCCGACCGCUGCAUUCGCUUCUGGAACACGCUCACCUCGCAGCCCAUGCAGUGCGUCGACACCGGUUCACAAGUGUGCAACCUGGCCUGGUCGAAACAUUCCAGCGAGCUGGUAUCGACGCACGGCUACUCACAGAAUCAGAUCUUGGUCUGGAAGUAUCCAUCUCUCACGCAGGUGGCAAAACUCACCGGUCAUUCGUACAGAGUUCUGUACUUGGCUCUGUCUCCAGACGGCGAGGCGAUAGUCACUGGAGCCGGCGACGAAACAUUAAGAUUCUGGAACGUCUUCUCGAAAACACCAUCGCAUAAAGAGAAUAAAAGUGUUUUGAAUCUUUACACGGCGUUGAGAUAAAUUGAUAGUGUUGCUAGCUUAAAAGUGAUUUCAGUAUGGCAACACUUGACUAACCUUUAUCGGUGCGGAGUCAAAAAGUGGCACAGACUUAUUAAUUUGUUUUUUUUUUCUAAUCAUUUGUGUUAGAUUGUGGCCGUGAUUUCUCUUUCUAAUCUUAUAUUUAAUAUAUUAUAUAUCGUUGCACAUUGGCGACUGUUGAUUGUGAACUCUUAGAUAUAUUUAUUUUUUUCCUUUGGGACUAUUUGUUUUUAUAUAUAGCGCUAACAAUACUUUACAUAGACAUAAAAUAGAUUAUUUUCUAUGAGCUAUCGUCAUGAGAAGAUAUUCUCGUCGUAAUAAUGUAUGAUAUUAUAUACAUACAUGUAUAAUAUUAAAUAUUGAAUACCAUUCGUAUCGCAUUUUACAUAAUCAAACUAUUACGAUGCGUUUCUAUUUUAUAAAACUGUACAUAAGUUUGUCUAUGUAGUUAUACAUUAUGUAUAUUUGUUUCUUAAUCAUUUAUCAAUGGCUAUGUUUAUAUUUGUAUGUUUAACGUCUAAAAAUAAACGCCUCACGAGACCGACUUCGUUCUCAAUUGUGGUUUCCGUUCAUUUGCGCAAACGGAUUUGUGCAAAUGAACGCGUGCGUAGACGGUAAUAAGUUUGCUUACGCAUCUCUCGAAUGCUACAAUUGGUAAAUUGUGAUUUCUUAACGCAUUGAAACACGGUCGUAUUGAAAUAUAGUCUCUAUUGGUACUUUUAUUUUGUAAAUCACUAAAGUAAAUCGUUUCUGUAAGAACGAAAUCGUUUAAAAACUAAAUAUGGAAACGAAUUGUUAUUCCUAUCGUAAUGUAAAUUAUAUUUUUAUAUUAAUAUAUAGAAUUUUUUAAGAGUUCAUUGUUUAUUCAAUUCGACUUUCCGUAGAAAAUAUGAAUAAAAGAAAAAAAUAAUUACAUAUAAAAGUAAACAUAGCCAAAAAUGCUUUAUACAAAUUAUGUUGUUUGUAAUAUUUUCUAUAUAACUGUAUGUCAUUACACUUGUAAUGUUGCCCGAUUAAAAAAAAUACAUAAAAUGUUGCAUGCGUUGAAUAUAAUACGUAUUCAAUUUAUAUUAUCAAGUGUAAUGACAGCUAUCAAUUUAGAUGUGUGUACUUAUUUAUGUAAAUAUUACUUUGACUAGCGAUUAUCAUGAAUUUUUGGAACCAUUUUUUUAUGUGUGAUUUAGGUAGUUUAAAAAAAAAAUAACUAAAAAUCCUUGUGUAUAUAUUUGCUGGGAACAUUUAUGUUUCUGUGCUCUUUAUAGUAUUUGUAUAAAAUAAUAACUUUAACGUAGUUCUUGUCGAAUUAUUAUGAAUAGCAUUGAUUCCAUGUUAGAAUCAUUAAUAAAUAGUCUUUUUUUAAUUUCAAAUACCCUUGCCUUCUUAUGAUUACAUUAAAAAUAGUCUUAGGUUAUUAGUAAUGUACAUCUAAUUGCAUUUAAUAUAUGCUGUAAGCAAGGAUAUAAAAUGAUAUAGUAUAUAAAAAACGGCUAAUAAAAUUUAAAGGUACCUCCCAUGAUCUCAGUCAACUAUGAUCUAAAACAUGGCAACAUUAUUUAGUAUUUAUUCAAUUUAAAAAGUUGUGCUAUUGACUUGUUUUAGUUUAUUUAUUUUCUCAUUAUUUAUUUAGUAAAAAAAGAAAAUUGUCAUUUGAAAAAUUUACAGUUAAAUUAUAGAUAGUUAAAUUCAGUUUAGUUUUAAGUUUAAAAAAAAAUAAUUUUGCUCGAGGUGUGAUUAGUUUCGUCUGUAAUUAUUUCUAUGGUGGUAAUUCGAUUGUGCGUAAUCCCUAAACAAAUAUGACAGCAUUAGAACUAUUGUCAUCUCUUUCUCCCACCCCCUAACUCGAUAGGUUAGAAAGAAUAAGGAUUAAAUCCAUCAUUAUGUUUACAGAUUGCGUACAAAAAAAAAAAUUGAAGCCAUUAUAGUAUCGAAAUACUCGCACUUCAAGCAAAAUUUUAGCUGUACGAGGUACCUUCUAAAUAUCAAUUUGUUUAAAUGUAUACUUUGUAAUAGACUUAUAACAAAUUUAUUGGAUUUGUGCAAUUUAGGUUAUAUUUGCGUGGUAGCAUUUUCGUUUUUUUUUUUGUUCGUUUGAGCUGCUAUCAUUGAUUAUAGUCCUUUUAUUUUCGUUAAAAUAUAUUUACUAUCUUGAAUAACUUUUAAUUAUUUUAAUUUAAUUAAAAUAAUUAGUUUCUUUAUGUUAUUGUAUGUAUUGCACGAACUAGUUGUCGUUAUGUACAGGCCCCUCUUUCCCACUGGGCAGGGCUCCACCAUCGAUAGGAGCUCCCUAGUGCCUGCCAGACCACCAAACGAUAACCCAUAUUAAUUACCGAAAAAAAAAAAAUUUCAAUGACACGGACAUAGGAGCCUCAUUAUCCUAAUAUGCCCAGGGCGUCUAACAGGUAAAAGACGGCCCUUGUGUCUUGCUAAUAUUAGAUGGGACUAAACUCUGUUUGAAUUGGUUAUUUUGAUGAAUUUUUUAUUGAAUUUUCUUCUCUUGAAAUAGGGUUAACAAAACUGUUAAAAUGUUUGAUUUUUUUAACCUGACCGUAUAAUCGUGGUCUGGAUGAAUGUGAUUCUGCAGUAUAUCAUAACUCUAUGGUAUAUUAAAAUGAAAAGGACUUUUUAAUGAAUGCCUCCGAACGGAAAUAGAAAAUGCUCAUUAGAUAAGAACGAUGAUACGAACUACACCAAAUAUUAACGUUUCGCUCUCGUUUAAAACCUAAAAAUUAGAAAUUUUGUGUUACACGUGUUUUGUUUUAAUUCUAAAUAUAGUGUCCAACACUAUUGGAGUCAUUUACCAGCAUUGGGUACAUUGUGAUUUGCUUUGACUAAUAUAUAAACGCUGUGUUAAUUUUAUUUUCAAUUUUGUAAUUCGAAUUCUUUUCUUCUCUCUUUACACUUUUCUGAAUAAAAGAUAAUAUAUUUUUCAAAGCGACUAAUUGGACCUAAUAUUUAGUUUUUAAGGUGUCAGAAUUGGACCUAACUGAAACAAACCGAUAUAUAUAUAUAUAUAUUAGUAUGUAGUGAUUAUAUAUUUCAUCCUAGUUUCAUAUUCGUGUCAUAGUACAUUAUAUUCAUAGAUUUAAUUGUAAUACUCCAUAUAGAACCGUUUUAAUAUAAAUAAUAGCAUAAUACACGUCACGCUUAAAAUAUAUUUUUCGCACUGAUUAAUCUUAUUAAUCGAUAUAUUAAGUUUAUUAAAAAGUUAGGUCCAUUAUAAUAAAAUAAAAAGAAUUAUUUAUAAAUAGAGAAAUAUAUAAUAUAUUGAAUGCACCUAUGUAAAGAUAG